UACGAAGGUGACCAGUAAAGUUCUCUCUGAGCAGCCAAAAAGCAGACAGCUCAUGACUUCUGAUCAGGACACUAAAGUUGUGGCUGAACCGCAGGUGCAGCAAGUACAAGAAGUUAAAGACGGUUCUCAUCUAGAGUCAGCCAAGGUUUCUGAGUUAAACCCUAAUGCAAAGGUGUGGGGAAAUCAUAUGUUACACUUGGAAGCAAGUGGUGCCACUGAUGGUAGCGUGAGCAAAACGUGGGAAGAAAUACCUGACCAACCUCCAGAUUCUUGUAAAGAAGGACUGGAUGCCAAUGGUGAUGGCAACAAAAAGCAUCAAAAUGCAGUGCUGACAGAGCUGCAGGAACCAUCACCAGCUGUUUUGGUGUCAGACCAGACAGAUAUGAACCCUUUGGCUCUUGAUCAUUCUGAGUAUGAGUCUAUGCAUGAAACCACCCAGACAGGUGGAAAUGAACAGUUGCAGCCAGAAGGUCAGGAAGAUUUACGAGAAUUACUGAAAAAAACACUGGAAUUCUGUUUAUCUAGAGAAAAUCUUGCCAGUGACAUGUACCUUAUAUCACAGAUGGACAGUGAUCAGUAUGUGCCAAUAAUGACAGUAGCAAAUCUUGAUCAUGUCAAGAAACUCAGUACUGAUAUGGAUUUGAUUGUUGAAGUGCUGAGAUCGUUGCCUUUAGUCCAAGUGGAUGAGAAGGGAGAAAAAGUUAGGCCAAAUCAGAAUCGCUGUAUUGUGAUUUUACGUGAAGUACCUGAAUCUACCCCCAUUGAAGAGGUUGAAGCACUUUUCAAAGGAGAUAAUUUGCCUAAGUUUAUUAACUGUGAGUUUGCCUAUAAUGACAAUUGGUUUAUCACAUUUGAAUCAGAAGCCGAUGCACAGCAGGCUUACAGAUACCUUAGAGAAGAAGUAAAAACUUUCCAAGGAAAACCGAUAAAGGCAAGGAUAAAAGCAAAGGCAAUAGCUAUAAACACAUUUUUGCCAAAGAAUGGAUAUAGACCUCUGGAUAUGAACCUCUACACGCAGCAGCGUUACACGACAUCCUUCUACUUACCUCCAGUAUACAGUCCUCAUCAGCAGUUUCCAUUGUACAGCUUAAUUGGCCCACAGACCUGGUCAGCCACACACAGCUACCUUGAUCCUUCAUUGGUAACACCAUUUCCAAGUACUGGAUUUAUCAAUGGAUUCACAUCUCCAACCUUCAAGCCUGCUGCUUCUCCAUUGACUACACUCAGACAAUAUCCUCCCAGGAACAGGAAUCCUAGCAAGUCUCAUAUACGACAUACAAUACCCAGUGCAGAAAGGGGACCUGGGCUUCUAGACAGUCCUACAAUAUUCAACUUUUCUGCUGAUCGUUUAAUCAAUGGCGUCAGGAGUCCACAGACAUGGCAGCCAGGACAAAACAGGACACGGAUGCAGAAUGCUACUACAAGUUAUACCAAGAGGGAAGUAGGAACUGGACGGAUGGAACAGACCAGUGUUGACUCGUCUCCUGGAUUAGGUAGAGGAAGGAAAAACUCAUAUGGCUACCGAAAGAAAAGGGAGGACAAGUUUACAAGAGGCCAAACACAGUCUCCACCACCCCCAAAACCUCCAUCUCCUAGCUUUGAACUGGGUUUGUCUAGCUUUCCUCCAUUACCCGGGGCUGCUGGCAAUUUAAAGACUGAAGACCUUUUUGAAAACAGACUGUCCAGUGUGGUAAUAGGAACGUCAAAAGAAAGAAACAUUAAUGUGGAUGCAAGUACAAACACUAUUCCAUCUGGAAUUCCUCGAGAACCGUUGUUGCCAGUUUCUUCUGCGUUGCCCAGGACGUUUGAAAGGUCUCCUUCGCCAUCCCCGUCUUCUGAGGACUCCAAGGUUGUGGAUAAACAGCAGAGAGAGACACAGAGUACAGAAAGGCUUUCUUCUUCCACACUCAGUACUGCAUGUAAAUCGGUACAAGUCAAUGGGGCUGCCAUAGAACUGCGAAAACCUAGUUAUGCAGAAAUUUGCCAGAGAACAACUAAGGAUCCUCCUACGUUGCAACCCCAGAAAGAACAGAAGCCAAACACUGUAGCAUGUGGCAAAGAAGAAAGAAAGCCCACAGAAACAAUAGAGAAAAACAGAGAACCUCCUCCUGCAAAGUCACAUCCUGGACAACCCAAAGACCAGAGGAGACAGUCAGGACGCAGAUCGUCCCCUCCAGCCGUUGGCAAGCGCUUAAAUAAAGAACAGAAUACCCCUCCAAAAUCUCCUCAGUGAAACUAACACCUGGGAGGGAUUUGAAAAGAGGUCUGCUUCCCACAAAUUAAACCCAUGUUCCCACUAAGAUACCUGAGAAUGAGUUGCUGGUUAGGAGCUUGCAGUGAUACUAGGC